AAAGUUAUUUUAAAAUGGUUAAAGUUAAAAGCGUUGGUUUUUCUGUUGAAAAAAUCGUCGACAAACGUAUUUCGACUGAAGGUAAAAUUGAAUAUUUUAUCAAAUGGAGAGGAUAUCCCAAUUCUGACAACACCUGGGAACCCGAAGAACACUGCAAUUGUCCACAAUUAAUACAAAAAUUCGAAGAAUCUCGUGCCAAGGCAAAGAAACGCGGUGACAAGAAACCAAAAAUCGAAGAAAUCACCAAACCGCGCGGCUAUGACCGUGGACUAACUGUUGAGGAGAUUUUGGGUGCCACAGAUGUCACUGGCGAUGUCUCCUAUCUUAUCAAAUGGUCUGGUUGCAAUGAAUAUGAUUUGGUUGCUGGUUCAGAAGUUCGAGAACGUGACCCUUUAGCUGUUUUGGAAUUCUAUGAAAAGCGAUCACCUUUUCAACGUUGGAUUGAAAAUCGCUCCAAGGGAAUACCAGAAGAACUUAAAACCAAUGCAUUGCAAUAUAGCAAUAGCAAUGUUGAUACAACCAUGGAAGAUGCCCCAGCUUUAGAUGGAACAGAGAUUCCAUCUCUCGAAUUAGAUUUACAAUAAAAGACUUAAUUGAUUUUUU